AUGAGCGCAUCAGGUGGAAAGACCACCGCGGUGGCUACAGUAAACGAUGGUUUUACUGAGCGCAAGAGAUCAUACGGUACCCUGGAACCGUCGGGUGAAAGCACCGAUGCAAAGAAUCCGUUCUUGGAUCCGGAAAUCGCAGAAUAUUGGCGCACGGUCUACGAUAAAGCGCAAUACGAAUGCCGACAUGUGUUUGAUCCGUCACUCACUUGGUCGGAGGAAGAAGAGAAGCGCUUGGUACGAAAGCUAGAUUGGAGGAUUUGCCUGUGGGCUUGUGUGAUGUUUUUCGCACUCCAGGUGGACCGAGGAAAUCUUGUCCAGGCAGUUUCGGAUACAUUCUUGAAAGACUUGAAUCUGACUACAAACGACUAUAACUACGGAAACAUCAUCUUCCGACUAUCAUUCCUUGUUGCAGAGCUACCCUCGCAACUAGUAUCCAAGAAACUGGGACCUGAUCGAUGGAUUCCCAUUCAGAUGGUGCUAUGGUCUGUGGUUGCUAUUUCGCAGUGUGCUCUCGUCGAUCGCAAGACAUUCUUCGCCACGCGUGUCCUACUGGGUGUGCUUGAGGGUGGUUUCAUCCCAGAUAUCGUGCUCUGGCUCUCUUACUUCUACACCAGCCGAGAACUUCCAGUGCGCCUGAGGUUCGCUUUCCACUUUCCCUCGUCAGAAACACAUGCUAAGUCAUUCAGCUUCUUCUGGACAUCACUAUCCGUGACAACGAUCAUCACCUCUCUCUUGGCAUUUGCAGUUUUCCAUCUCAGUGGAGUCCACGGCCUAGAGGGAUGGCGAUGGCUCUUCCUGAUCGAGGGUCUCAUCACCCUUGCGAUUGGUCUCUCUUCCUUCUUCAUGAUGCCAGCAUCGGUGGUACAGACCAAAACCUGGUUCCGACCAAAGGGGUGGUUUACUGACCGUGAGAUUGCGAUUGUGGCCAACCGAGUUCUCCGCGAUGACCCUUCCAAGGGAGACAUGCACAAUCGUCAGGCCAUUACCCCCAGCCGACUAUGGGGUGCUAUCAAAGACUAUCACAUGUGGCCAUUAUAUGUGAUUGGAGUCAUUGCAUACAUUCCUCAGUCACCCGUGAACUCAUACAUUACACUUACCCUUCGUUCGGUUGGUUUCAAUAAGUUCAACACCAAUCUACUCACAAUCCCAGCCAGCGUCUUCCAUAUCUUCAAUCUCCUUCUGAUCACAUGGAUCUCGAGUCGACUGAAUCAAUGGUCUCUAGUUGCCAUGUUCCAGGCCAUCUGGACGUUACCCUGUAUAAUUGCGUUGCGCUUCUGGCCCGAUGUGAUCUCGAAUGCUUGGGGCACAUAUGCUGUGGUAACGGUGUUGCUGAGCUACCCAUAUUGCCAUGCAAUUGUGGUUGCUUGGGUUUCGCGUAAUGCCAACAAUGUGGGAAAUCGCUCUGUUGCAGCUGCACUCUAUAACAUGUCUGUCCAAGCAGGUGAUAUUGCUGCCUACUUCAUAUACAGAGAUGACGAUAAGCCGAAAUACCGCAGAGGAAAUACCGCACUGAUUGCCAUCAACGUUCUUGCAAUCCUAGUCUUUAUCGCGGCGAAACUUUACUAUGUGUUCGAGAAUCGGAGACGAGACAAAGUUUGGAAUGCCAAGUCCGAGGAGGAGAAAGCUGAUUAUAUCAAGGACACUCGAGAGCAAGGAAGUAAGAGGUUGGAUUUCAGAUUUGCACACUAG